CCAUUUUGAAAAAUACUUACGCUUGUCUGCCGUGUCUCCGUAUACCUGAGCUGCUCCUGGGUUUCUACCGCAGGUACUAUGAAAAGUUUAACCAGUUCAGACUUGUUCGAAGGAAAAAUAGCCAAACUUCCUUUUCAACUCGGUCUGUAAUGACGUCAGUAAACUUUUUUUUACCUGCCGCACCUGUGAAAUAAAGUGAAAGUAAAAGGAGGCCCGAGGCCGCGGCUGUAUCUUUGAUUUAUCUGCUUAUUUUUAUUUUUUUUUGGAAAUGAUUCGCCCAUUUUACCUGGUUUUCUGUAUCUUCACCUCCUGUCUAGUUGCUGAACAGGCUCCAAAAUAUGCACUGCUGGGGCAGACAGUCAGCUUGGACCCAUUUGGAAUCACGGUUUCCCCAGAUGACAUUCUGUGGAAACAUAAAGGAGACAAAGUGGUAGAAUUCAACGGUAACGAGCAGCAUGUCUACGGCACAUUUGACAACAGGAUCACUCUAGACUGGCUCUCUGCAGAGCUCAGCAUCUCAGACCUCAGAUAUGAAGACAGCGGAGUGUAUGUACUGGAAGCGUACACAAAAAAAGAGUUGAAACGUGCAUCCUUUACAUUGGAGGUCAUAGACAGAGUAGCCAAGCCUACCAUAUCCUGCGAGAUGAACAAUGGCAACAGCUCCAUCAAAUCUGGAAACCAGGCCACACUGAAGUGCUCUGCAGAAGCCAGGCUGUCUCCGUCCUUAACGAAGUUUGAGUGGAGCUCACAGGGAACCCUGCAGCUUGGCGAAAAGUUAAUAAUACCUCUAGGGGAUGAGCAUGAUGAUAAAGUAUACGACUGCACUGUGAGCAACCCACUGACUAAAGAAUCGACUACAUUCACUGCAAAGGACUGCUACCCUGAAGGAGGUUCUGCUGGACUGACUGCCGGAAUUAGUGUUGCCAUUAUUGCCUUAGUUCUUAUCAUUCUUGGUGUUGUGUUGUGCAAACUCAAGCAGAAAGCAUGCUUUGCAAAGGAAAGGGGGCAUGAUGUGGAAAAACCUCCUGGUAAAAUGAAAGGGUCAGGAAACGAGGCAGCUCAGGAUGAUGAUGAACGUAGAGGUCUUAUUCACAGAGUAUCCACAUUAGCUUCUAAACAGCCACUUCGCUUUUUGACCCAACGUGAGAUUAACCCUCAGAACGACGACACAGAAGACUCAGACCAGGAGUACAGACAAGAAUCUGUCAAAAAACGUGUAGAGAAAUUUGAACGAAAGAGCGGCAAAAAGAAAGCGGCAGGUUUAGAAAAGAAACAGAUACGAGCUGCGUCACCUCGCCCUGUGGAUUCUGCUGAAAACAACAAAGGAGACACUCUUGCCCAUUCGUCCACAGAACUUCCAGAAGAAGAGCGUGGUCCUUUAGACUCUAAGAAGUCAAACUAUGUGUCGGGCGACGAAAGUGAGAACAAAAGGUCUGAUCUGCAGCCAGCCACUGCUUCUGAACAGCCAGUUUUAGAGAACAAACAGAUACCAGCUCACCCUCUGGAUUCUGCUGAAAACAACAAAGAAGACCCUGAUGUCCAUUCGGCCAAAGAACUUCCAGAGGAAGAGCGUGAUCCCUCAGACUCUGAGAAGUCAAACGAUGUGUUGGGUGAUGAAAGUGAGAACAGAAAGUCUAAUCUGCAGCGACCCACUGCUUCUGAACAGACAGAGGCCGAGGAAGAGGCAAAUGAGGAAGCAAAGUCUCCUUCUGCAAAUGGUGUCCCUCCUCAUGCUGCCCAGCUACAUUUACCUGAGACAGAAAACUCUCAGAACCAGUCACCUCAGGAUGGUUCUGGUGAACAUGAGGAUCAAACAGUCUCCGAUCAGCAGGACCAAGACAAUACAGAAAAGAAUGAAGGCAACUCAUCAGAACCAGAAGAAGGGAAAAAAUCUGAAGACUUAAACCAGAAGUCAUUAGUCCUCACAGUAAACUUCCAAGCACUGAGAAAUAUAUUUGAGCCACACAAUGAAAAUCAGAAAGUGAAAGAGGAGAGCAAACAGAUACCAGCUCACCCUCAGGAUUCUGCUGAAAGCGACAAAGGAGACCCUGAUGUCGAGUCGCCCAAAGAAUCUACAGAGAAUAAAGAUUGUGAUCCUUCAGACUCUGAGAAGCCAAAUGUUGUGUCGGAAGACAAAAGUGAGAAUGCAGAGUCUGAUCUGCAGCCACCCGCUGCUUCUAAACAGCCAGUUAAGCAAGAGGAAGAUGGUGGCGAUGAUACCUCUCUUCCUGUUGGCCGACCAGUUUCACCUCUGACUCAAGAUUCUCUAAACAUAGCACCUCAGGAUGGUGCUGGUAAGCAGGAGAAAGAUGCCAGCUCUGAUCAAGUCACUGGAGGAACCACAGAUUUAAGUCAAGAUGGAUCUGACUUACUAAAUUCAAAGGAAGAAAAUGAAUCCAACAAUCACAGUGAUGUAAAAGAGAAUUCCACUGUUUCUGAAGAGAAAGGUCCAGAAGCAACAGAUGAAUAAACUUCACAGCAAAAAGAAACACGCCAAGGAGAAGACCACCAGCAUGAAAGCGACAGUUCUGAAGAUAAGCAUGAUUCAGACAGUGCGAAUGAGCGAGAAAAAAUAGAUCAGGACAAGACACUUCCUCCAGAGCCUCAGAGCCCCAUAACACCAAAACCAGACAGCAGUAACACCAGCACCUCUCCUGUCACUGAACAGGACAAGACCAGGCAGAACAGUGGGUCAGACAGCAGCAUGGAAGAGGCAGGCAAAGGGGAAGCUUAAAAUGAAGUCCAGUGUGGCUCACAAGAAGAAAAAGUUGACAAUAAGAGCUUCAGUGAGGUUAAAGAAGGGCAGAAGAAAACUUUUGAAUAGGCCCUCAUACACUGAAAAGAGAAAAUACAAGAAAGAAGCAGAUAAUUAGAGUGACAUUGUAAAUAGAACACAGCAGAAAGCGAAGGGAUGAGAUCAGCACAAAGGCGCAAAGUGAAACACAAUAUGGAGAAUAGUUUUAGUUUGAAACUAUCCAAAGACAAACAAAUCUUUGCUCUGCGACAAUGACAUUAAAUCACAGUAGACUGUGUCCAGUGUAACAUUAAAGGUCUCCUUACAACCAGUAAUAACAGGUGGCAAAAGCAUCCACUUGUGAUGACAUGACGUGCUUUAUAAAUCAAGAAGCUCUGGAUCAGGAAUGUCUAAUUAAUACUUACAUUGUGGCCUUCAGCCCAAAAAGAGACACUACAAUAUAACAGUAAUAAGCUUGUUUCUAGAUUUAAAAAUGCUGUUUUCCCUACUCAGACUAAUAUUUGCAAGAACUUCAGUUUAUUCUUUUGAAUUCAUAACAAAAGUAUAUUUGUCUUGAGCCAUGUCUGUGAUUGUAUAAUGACAUGAAAAAUGACAAUUUUCCUUGUUUAAUUUUAGCUUGUUUUUGCUACAUGUUUUUUUUUUUUUUUUUUACAUUGCUGGGACAAUAAGUGAAAUUGAUGUGAACUCAGGGUAAAUUAUUCUGUAAUUAAUUGACAUUACCAUACACUAAGCUGCAGCUACAAAAUCUGAUUGUUAGUUGUUUUUAUCUCGCUGUGUUUUUCUAAUCGUUUUGUACAAAUUUUUACUGAUCAGUAAAGUAAGUGUAAACUCA